AUGGAAUAUUUAGCGCUAUCUCCAGUGCAGUUCAACAUAUGGUCCUCGGACCCAGGGCUCAUUUCAUAUACGUUGUUCGUUAGUGCCUCACCAAAAGCAUCAGUAGCACGGUUAUUACAGUAUAUUCAUUGGUGCUUAUUCGUUAGAAAUGUUGAUAAAUUGGAGCGUCCAUCAAACUAUUGUUUAAAAUAUAUGGAAAGGGAGUUGGAUUUAACAGAACUAUGCUCCGACAUUAGUGGUGGUUCUGGAAUUAUUAGGCUGCAGUUUGAUAUUAGAAGUGACGAUAGGGGUGCGAACAUAAAUUUGGACUAUAAUGUUGAUACAGAGUUUUUGACUACGAAUGUACAAUUCCAGGUGAAUACUUUGUCCAUGGAUAAGUAUAUAUCUGUGGUGAAAUAUGGGUUGCCUCUUAAUAUUACAACUGUUGACUUGCGCCGUUUGGCUUGUAAUAUUUUAAACGAAUACGAGUGUACUAGUCCAAAGAAUAUAUGUCAUAUAAAGGAUCAUCUACCGGAGGAUCUCGUAGCGUUCCAGAUAGCAGGGAAGUCGCACCCAGUUGUGCUCUCACCCGAAUAUGAGAAGAAGUACGGUGAUUUAACGUUAAAGGACUUAUUGGGGUUUGACUUUGUCCCUUCGCAUUCCUCACAUUGCUCAAUCAUGUUUCGCAGUGAGCACGGGCAAAACACAGACGGUGUUACUAUUGAGUUUGUAUCUGAUUCUACCUUAACGAUGAAGACUAUGAAUGUUACGAUGGAUACUACAGUUGAUGAAGUCAAGGAAUUUAUUUGUUCCGUUUAUGGGCAUACGUUGCGGUUAUCGCCAUCCGAUGUGCGAUUGAUAUAUAGCGGUCAGCUAGUGCAUGACAGGAACUUUUCAGGAAGUCCAAGCAAGAUUUUAGAGUAUAUUUCCGACACUAACCAUACCAAGUUACACGUGAAAAUAACCCAAGAGUAUUUAGAAACGGGGCCGGGAUUCUGGUCGGAACUAUUCAACAGUCCAGACAGGUUUUCAUUUCAUCCCACUCGUACGUCAUCUAGUGCUGUGGACGCCAUGCGUAAUACAAACGCAAGAGGUGCAAUGCAUGCGGCGCGUGGUACAUCGACUGCUUACGGUGCAUCGGUUUCCAACAGCAUGUCAAGGAGCGCAUCUAAUAUAAAUGCGAAUAGGACUAUACCCCAGAAUGAGUCUGAAGCAGUAGAGGUCGAUCCUCAAAACUCGGACCAGCGAGUUUACACCGAGGCCGGCGACCCUCUACAUCGCACGGGCGAGCUUUUCGAGCGGGUUCUCGUAAACGGAUCUUCUUUCUUCGUUUCCAAACAAGAGCUUGAACCAAAUAUCAACGAAUUGAGCAUUAGCGGUCAUGUCAUCCGUAUGUGCUCUGAUGAAUUUCGCGUUCUAUCAGACCAAAUUCUUCUCAAGCCACAUAUAGCAAGAAAGAUAGAAUCAAUCUUAGGAACAACUAUUGAAAAGGUCCCUGUGAGCACAAGACCACCUCAACACGUUCAGUAUACGGUGAGCACAGAUGUUACUACCAACAGGGUAACGUUGCGCCAAGUAUGGCACCAAAUAUCAACCUACGUUUGGAUCCAAACGACCUUCAAUUACCUGAAAUUGAUAUUGCAGUCUGUUUAUGUGCUUGCUUACAACUCAGGUGCAAUAGCAUUGCUGUUCUAUUUAGUCGCUACAGGAAUAGUACCAACAACAGCGCAUAUAUUGACAUUCUUUUCCAUGUUUGCAAUCAGUUUCAUACGCUCACUGGGUAUCAUUUUUGAACUUUGGAUUGACUUCUACUUCGGUAAGGAAUAUCCCAUAAGUGAGGAAGAGCAGCAGCGUCUCCACGAAGCUUUAGCAGGACACAUUGAACCAAGCUUUUUCGCUAGGUUUCAUCGCUGCAAUAACGCGAAGGCAGUGGAAGAAGCUCUGAUGGCAACUUUGACAGAAAAUACAGAACUCAAGCUAAUGCUAUGCGAAACGUACGAUAUCAAAAGCAACCUUUCCUUAAGGGUUAUCGUACCACGCAUACUUCAACGUUGCGAUCUUCCAGAAUAUAGAAACAAAACCCCAGAUCAGCUACGAAUGUUUUUUGAUAGCAUUCUAUCAAAUAUAGAGCGGAAUCUCACAAACACAAACGUUCUAUCGGUCCCAGAACUCGAACUUUUAAAGCAACUAAGAAUUUACGUAUACAGUACAUUGCCGCAAGGCCACUUCCGUUUCAAACCCGUAUUUCUUCGGGCUGUCCAUACCUUCAGCGAGUUUUGCAGUGACACACUAAUGCGGCACACUGUCCCUGACCCCAGCAAAGACUCUUUUGCAAUAUCUCUCCUCAAGAAUGCCACCCUUUUUAUCCUACUAUGUUUCCCAUCCUUUCAAACCAAGUUCGAAGACAUUAUGGCGGAGAGGGUAUUUUGGCAGAGUGAGGAAAGCCAGCAAGAAGAAGCCGCGCCCGACGCACCCCAAAUAGAACAAAAUGACGGUAACGACGGAACGAAUCCGUCCCCUCAAGAUUUGAUUGAGAACAGUUAUGAAUCUCAAGUAGAUUAUAUAAACUCUACAGGAAAUGAGGGGGCUACUGGUUUUCAGUUACAUGAAGUUAAUACAAAUAUAGAUUAA